AUGAAACGAGCUAGUCAAAAAACGCAAUCAAAAGAUACCAACGUGAAACGAUCAAAAUUCGCUGAUGCCAGACAUAUUCAGAUAGAAUCUCCUGCGUUAAAAAAUGGUGCUGUGGACGUAAAACGGUUCGUAGAAUCUAGGUCCUUUGAGAUAUCUGCAUUACAAGAUGCUAUGCAUCGGUCGAAACACUCAAGCGCGCAACGAGCCUUUCAAGCCCUUCCACGAUGUCUCAGAAGACGUGCGGCUUCUCACAACAUUAAGAGGAUUCCAAAGGCUUUAAGGGACCGUGCUUAUUAUGAAAUGCAAUUAAGUUCUUCUGCAACAACUCCGGUUACGCCUUCAAAGCAACGCCUAAAAAGAUUUAUAAAACGACUUCAUAGGAAGUUGGCUCGCCAUGCUAAUAGUCCCAAGGUCACAAAUUCUGGACAGUUACGAACAGAGCACUCAACUGAGGAUACUAGGAUCCCAACACUGCCUGCUGUAAAGUUAGUGAAUGGAAAAUUUGCUGGACGACAAUUAAGAAAAAUUUGGUUACCUACUCAUCUCUGGACUGCCAAGCGUGCUCACAUGAUAAACGCAUGGGGUUAUGCAAUCCCAGAGAGUCCAACUGAAAAGUCUUAUCGACCAACUCAUAGGGCUGCUUUCUGUUUGAACGCCAUUGCAUUUGAUAUGUCAUAUCAACCUUUAUUUGCUAUCACAGGACCUUUAAGUGUUCUACGAGAAACAUUUGGAGAAUGUUUUACUACAGGACUCCCUAGUGCAUACACAAAAACUUAUCGUUCAUUCAAUAGUUAUGUCAAAAACUCGCAGACGAACGAGCUUUUAUGUCCUUGUUUAUUACAGUGGCAUGAUCCUAGCGAAGAUUGCAAAAGUAAAGUUCCAACCCGCAAUAAUGGAAGCGCAGUUCAACUAGUUAUCCGAGUUCAUGCUUCUGCGUUUUUAGAUGUAUGGAACCAUUUAUCUAGUAUUGCUGUUUUAGAUGAUCAAAUUGCUAUGCAUGAUUGGAGAUUACAGUUGGCUUCUUUCGACAUAUUGGGUCCUGAUGCCAAUGUUAUUCUUCAUGACAUUUUCUCGGACGUUCAGUCUUCAGAAAAAACAACAUGGGAUUCAAUUUCCAAAUUACCUACUACGUCUCUUCCAUUUGGUGCAUCUAUUGGAUUUGAUGCCCCCUUGGUAAUCCACGAAACUAAUUUGGGACAACAAGGAAACGAAAAAGAAAAGGAUAAUAAAGAGAAUAAAAGCCAUGAAAUUCAAAACAAAGACUUCGGUUCAUUAUGGGAUAAACAUGAAAUACCUUCUUUUAAUGUUUUUAAUCAUGUACAAAAGAAAAAAGAAGCAGUACUUAAUGUUAAAAAGGAAUUGGUGCCUGUUUAUUUCACCCAUCAAUCAAUAUGGAAUGGGGUUACUGUUAUCGUACCCUGGGAAGCAGCAAAAUUCUUUUGGCAGAAAUUGAUGUUUCGGAAAGGUGUAAGAUUUGGAGGACUAAAAAAUUUGCAUCAAAUUGCUUUCGAAAAAAGAAUGCCUUUUUUUCCUGUUGAUUAUCCCGAUACCAAAAGCGGUCAGGCAUAUGAAGUACGACGAAAGCAAUGUAACGAGGAAUAUUGGAGAAGACGACCGCCGGCAAAGAGGGUAAACUUUGAAAAUUUUGGGAAAAACUUUUCUGAAAUUGGUGAUCCAUUUAGUUGUGAUUGGAAAUGCUUCCACGAUGGUUCAGACUCUAAUAUCGUAGAUCGCACUGCCCAAUCCUUCAACAGAGUUGAAGUUCGAAUGGUGCAAAGAGGUGCUUUACAUGAUCGGGCUCGGAUUUACUGUAUAGAUAAAGACCAGAUUGAUAUGUGGAAGAAGUUAAUUUACGACAAGAAGAUUACAGCAGAGGCUGCUGAGUAUCCUGCUUGUCCGGAGGUCGAUGCAUUAUGUGGUUUUGUAACAACUGCAAAUUUUAAUCUUACUGUUGGCAGGCCUUCAGGUAUUGCUACUAUGAAAUCCGGGGUGUUGAACGGGGAAUCCCAAGGUUAUUGCCUUGUCCGUAAUGUAGGCUGCUCUAUUCCUCGACUGGCUCAGUGGAAAAUAUUGGUCUAA